CUCACACCAACAUGAAAGCCAAACACACGUGCACUGCGCCUACAGAGGGCCUUGAUUCCGACCCGCCACCAUGCUCCUCCUUCCCCUCCUCUUCAUCCUCGCCACCCUCACCCGGGCAGACGAAACCGACUGCAACCCGCUGAACCAAACCUGCCCGGCCGACGCGGCCCUCGGCACGGCACACACCUGGUGGUUCAACCGCACGCUGGACAGCACCCUGUGGAACAUGACGACCGGCACGCCGGAGUACACCGCGGAGGGGGCGAACUUUUCGAUCCGCAGCGUCAACGGCUCGACGCUGCUGCAGUCGAACUUCUACAUCUUCUUCGGGGUGAUGGAGGCGCACGUCAAGAUGGCGGCGGGGCCCGGGGUUAUCAGCAGCGUGAUACUGCAGUCGGACGACCUCGACGAGAUCGACUGGGAGUGGGUGGGCUACAACACCAGCGCGGUGCAGUCGGACUUCUUCGGCAAGGGCAACACCACCACCAGCGACCGCGGCGGGAUCCAUGCCUGGGACCGCGAGCGGCUCGAGUGGUGGAUCGACGGCCGGCUCGUGCGCACCGUCAACUACUCCGAGCCGCUGACACUGUACGGCCGCAAUUACCCGCAGACGCCCUGUCGUGUCAAGGUGAGCGUGUGGCCCGCCGGCAUCCCGUCCGAGUCGCUCGGCAAUAUCGAGUGGGCCGGCGGCCUGGUGGACUGGGAUGAUCUGCCGUUCACCAUGGCGGUGCAGCGCAUCCGCGUGCAGGACUUUCAUACCGGGAGGGAGUAUCAGUAUACGGAUCACUCGGGGUCGUACGAGAGUAUCAAGGUGGUUAGUGGGAACUCGACGGCGAAAGCGGAGAUCAACAAGACCCCUCAAAAGACUCUGGCGCAGAAGUGGGCGGAUCUACCGACAGCGGCUCAUGUCGGGGUGUACUGCGCCGCCGCGGUUGUCGCCGCGGCGGCCGUGGCGGCGUUCGUGCUCUACUGCAUACGGCAACGGCGUCAGGGGCGGCUGGAGCGGGCGCUGGCUGAAAGCCCCCGGAGCCCAGUCCAGUCGACCGAAAUGGAUACAUACAAGAAGCAGUGGCGGCAGAGCGAAUGGGGACGGCGGGGGUACCAGAAUGUCGAGCAGUAG